AUGGCGACACUGAGAAAUCCAGGCUCGCAAGGCUACGUGCCCCUGGCCGACGCUUCACCCGAGAGCACUGAGGAGCAUGUAGUUUUUGAGCCAGUCAAAACAUGGAAAGGAUACAUAUGGGAUACCUGGGAGCUACCACAGGAUCAGAGGCGUUUACUCUUCAAGGUCGAUGCCUUCAUCCUGACCUUCGCAUCAAUAGGAUAUUUCCUCAAGAACAUCGACCAGACCAACAUCAAUAACGCGUUCCUAAGCGGCAUGCAGGAGGACCUGGAGAUGUUUGGAAAUCAGCUUGUGACUAGCACUUCGAUAUGGACAUUUGGCUAUGUCAUCGGACAGAUACCAUCGAAUCUACUACUGACUCGAGUUUCACCACGAUGGGUUAUUCCAUCGCUUGAAGUGGGAUGGGGUAUAGCAACCAUCUGUACAUCAGCAGUUCAAUCAUACAGAAGUCUUUAUGUGCUACGAUUCUUUGUAGGCUUCUUCGAGUCAGGCUUCUAUCCCGGAAUUCAUUACAUGCUGGGUUCCUGGUAUACGCCGAGAGAGAUUGGAAAGCGGGCCAUGCUAUUCUGGCUGGCUGGCUCGGUUGGUUCCAUGUUCAGUGGCUUUCUUCAAGGAGCUGCAUAUACAAAUCUCAAUGGCGUUCACGGACGUGCAGGCUGGCGUUGGUUGUUCAUCAUCGACGGCCUCAUUACCAUCCCACUGGCGAUUGCCGGAUACUUCUUCUUUCCGAAUCUACCGCAAGAUGGCAAGAGAACUUGGUGGACAACUGAAGAGGAACAUAUUCUGUCAGUCAAAAGGAUGCAGGCAAUUGGCCGCGCAGGCAAGCAGCCUUGGACAAAAGACAGGGCCAAGAAGGUUUUGUCUAGCUGGCACACUUACCAUCUUCCGUUGCUGUACAUUCUUUGGAACAAUGGUAACCCGCAGGCCGCUAUGGGUUACUGGUUGAAGAGCUUCAACGGCCAGCCUCCUCCGGUCCCCGGGACCUCGUUCACUGUUCCUGAGAUCAAUAACUUACCUAUCCCAAGCACAGCAAUAUUCCUUGUCAUGGCCCUCACCUGGGGCUGGUUGUCAGACGGGCCUCUACAGGGAGCUCGUUGGCCCUUCAUAUAUGCUGGAGCAAUACUUAUCAUCAUCUUCAACAUCCUCCUGUUGAAUAUGCCGCUCUACUCCAAUGUAGACGGAAGAAAGGUUGUCUACUGGCUCAGCAAAAUUGGCCACGGUGCCGGUCCUCUGAUCCUCAGCUGGAUUAAUGAAAUAUGUUCUGCCGAUACGGAAAAGCGAGCCCUUAUCGUAGCUGCAGCCAACGAUUUAGCAUAUGUUGUACAGGCUGUCGUGCCCAUGUUUAUGUGGAAAACAACAGAUUUUCCCGCUGCGAGGAAGGGAUACACGUACUCCACCAUUUUGCAAGUACUGCUGAUUUUGGAGACUGCUUUUAUUCAGCUGUUAUUGUGGCGUGAUAGGCGUAGGCUCGUGAGGUCUCGUGGUGCCGAGUCGCCGCCUCCGCUCAUAUACUCGGAUGAGGAGGAGGGUGAAGAGGUCAACAAGCCUGGAGAGCCUCACUAUUCUCAUACUGAUUAG